AUGGUGGUUGUUCGUCCGAAACUGGUGGAAUCGUGGCUGAGCGACGCUCGAUUACGCGCUGUGUUGCAUACGAUCUCAUUCCCCGGAUUUCAAGAUAAAGAGACAUCUACGCGCGCUGCACUGCCAUGUGCAACGCUCGACACUCUAAGCAAGCUGCAUAUCCACUUUAUGCUCACGUUCCCGUUCGAAGCACUGUCGAUGAACUACGAGCCGCACGGAGUCAUGUCGUCACAGCUCGACGAUAUCUACGAGCGGUUGAUCGAGAAGCGCCACGGUGGAGGGUACUGCCUGCAGAUCAAUCUGCUGUACCGCGAGGUGCUGGCCAAGCUCGCGUUUCGCUUCGUCGGUGUGCUAGGCCGCGUCUUCUCGCCCAUCUCGAACAGCUGGACUGGACUGACGCAUACGGCGACGUUGGUGUACCUGCCGUCGCACAUCGCGUCGGAUCGUGGCAGCAUGGUGUACUAUCUGUCGGAUGUCGGAUUUGGAAGCAGUCCGCAUCGGCCCAUGUUGCUGCGCAACGAGUGGCAAGAGUUUGGUCGUGGUGGCGACAAGUUUCGCAUGGUGCACAGACAUGUGCAUCCGCAAUCGACGUUCGAGCCAGCUGGCGACGAACAAGUAGACCAGCACGUCGCGCAGAUCGCGCGUGACCAGAGCGUGUGGAUCCUCCAGCACCACAGGCACGGCACGCCCGACUGGCUCGACUGCUACUCGUUCUCGACCGCCGAAUGCUUCUAUCCAGACUACCACGCGUCCAACAAGGCCACCUCUCAUCCGGAAUCGCAACCUUUCGCGACCAUGAUCCUCGUAGUGCGCUAUCUGCUGCAUGCACCACUUGUCGAGCUUUCCGAAGAGCUCCUCGAGCGCGACAAACUGCCCAAGCAGCUGUAUCCCUACCAUCCGAGCGUUGUAGAACAGCGCAUGAUCGUAGGUGACAAGCACAUUAUCAAGGUCGGCGACCAACAGGUGUUGUCCGAGAAGAUCGCCGACGAAGGACACAGGGUCGAUCUGCUGAAACACAACUUUGCACUGCUCACACAUGUCGAAAAAGACGACGCGCUCAGAGAGAUCCGUGGCAAGCCGUCGAGCUUGAACGCUUUGAGCACGCGCAGCACACGCUGA